GAUCUUCAAUAAGUGAAGUAGCCAUUUUUAGUCAAAUCUAAUGGAAUCAUUACUUUUAUUGCACUUACUGUUCUUUGACAUUAUGAUUUUUUAUCGUGUUUGAUUUAUAGAUUAAAAGUAAGAUUCUUGUAAACAAAAUGAGUGAUUUAAAAGAAAGAAAUUGCAGCCUAAUAAUGGGUAACGCUGGCAGUAAUCAACCAGUUGGCCAUCAUCACACUAGCAGCACAAAUAGAGAACACCGCCAUGCUAAAGAAUAUCCUCCACCUUCACCAGGGAAGGAAGGCCAAGCUUUUGUUUUUGAUAAGAAGCCAAGCCAAAAAUUAGUUUUCCAAUCAUCUCAUGAGGAGGAAGAACCAUAUUUUGCUAAGACUAAUACACAUCAAGAUGGAGAAGACUUUAGUUCUCAACGUCCACGCUCUAAUACGGUAUCUGAAGGAACCAAAGUAGCAGAUAGCAAAGUUCUACCAACAGUGUUUAAAUGGGAGGGAGGUGGUAAACAGGUUUAUAUCAGUGGAACUUUUACUGGAUGGAAAACAUUACCAAUGGUUAAGAGUCAUGGUGAUUUUGUAACAAUUAUUGAUUUGCCAGAGGGGGAACAUCAAUAUAAGUUUUUUGUUGAUGGUGAAUGGAGACACGAUCCAGAUAUAAAAAUUGUUGAUAAUGGAAUGGGUUCCAAGAAUAAUUUGGUAUCUGUAAGAAAAUCUGAUUUUGAAGUUUUUCAAGCACUUGCAAAAGAUAGCGAAGGUGUUACUAGUAGUGCUCAGACUGAGUAUGGGCAAGAAAUUCCUCCUAACAAGCCCUGGGAAAAAGUAGCUGGUCCACCAAUAUUGCCACCUCAUUUGCUUCAAGUUAUUCUCAAUAAAGAUACUCCUUUAUCUUGUGAACCAACACUUCUACCAGAACCAAAUCAUGUUAUGUUAAAUCAUCUAUAUGCUUUAAGCAUUAAGGAUAGCGUAAUGGUUCUAUCGGCAACGCAUCGUUAUCGUAAAAAAUAUGUUACAACCUUAUUAUACAAACCAAUUUAAGAUCCUUCAGUCAUUCCCUAAGAUAUUGGCAAUUGUUAGUUACAUCGAAUCAAGGUAUAUUUUGUAGGUAAGAUGAAAUAUCGAUGUAUAAAACAAAUAUUUGGAAAUUGACAAACAUAGAAUUUCUUGUAUUUAAAAUGUUAAAUAAUGUAAUUAUUAUUUAUUAAAAUGAAAUAUUUUCCAUUAGA